AUGGUGUAUUCCCUCUUUGAGGCAAAAAAGGCCAUAUCUGCUUUAUACAAACAUCAAGCAAACAAAGCCAACAAUGAUCUAUUGGAAGAUGAGACGGAUAGUAGUAUCAGUAUUCAAAUUAGCACUCAUGCUAUCAAUAAGCAUAAACCCAAGGCAAAGCCAAAAAAGAUUACUUUAAAGCAUUCACCAUAUCCCAGCAACAUUGAAAUCUGUUUAAUAACAAAAAGCAACCCAACUGAAAUUGAAGCACUCAUCAAGAAGCAAAAUGUUCCUUUUAUCAAAAAAGUCAUCACACCUCUUAUGUUAAAGACAACCUACAAAACAUAUGAAUCUAAAAGAAAGUUAGCAGCAUCAUACGAUCUUUUCUUGGCUGAUGAUCGUAUUUCUCAUCUUGUACCUGAAUUGUUUGGAAAAUCAUUCUUGGCAAGAAACAAAAUUCCUAUUCCAGUAAAAAUGAAUGGAUCUUUAAAGAAUACUGUCGAAAAGACCUUGAAGUGUACUUUUGCUAAAGUGAACGCUGGUACCGUUACUUCGAUAAAGAUUGGUAACUUUGGUAUGAAACAAUCUGAAAUCUUGGAAAAUUACGAAGCUGCCGUGCCUCAAUUAGUUGAGCAUAUUGCAGUUGAAUGGAAAAACGUAAAUAUCAUCGGUUUGAAGUCAAAUGGAUCUCCUUUAUUACCUAUCAUAUGUAUCUUGCCUGAAGGAAAGGAAGAAGCAGAAAAGAAAGAGGAAACAAAGGAAGAGAGUAAAGAGGAUGAGAAGGAAAGCGAAAAGAAGAAGAAGAAGGUUGAAAAGAAGACAGCCGAGGUUAAAAAGAUACAAAAGAAGGUUGGAAAGAAGAAUGCUCAAAAGAAGAAGGGUGGAAAGAAAUAG